AAUGAGGGGGUCGUAGUUCCCCACGGGUUGUCAGAGAUACCUGCAGCUCCUUGAGGACCCCCUUCCCGACUCUGACGUUGGUCGGGGCCCCUAGAGCCGUGGUCAGCCUGCCCUCCAUCCCCCAGGAGCGGUGAAUACAGCAGGCAGGCGUGCAGGCCCAGGCGUCUUGGCGGCUGUUUGCAGCAGGGUGUCCAGAGAGCUGAGGAGUCCAGGGCUGGCGAACUACAAUUCCGGGCUGCUGCCCGACCUCUGAGGCGAAGGUCGUUGUCCCGGCGUGGGGGGUCCUGGUCCUGUAAAUUCGUGGCCCUUCCUGGUCUCAGACAAUCUGUAUCUUACAGUCCCAGGCACCCCCCCCCAUGGGCAGCACCUCCUGUGGCUUCCAGAGCCUGCGGGCCACCAACGCCAACUGGAUGUCGCAGCUCUGCCCCCGGCUCUGGGACGUGCCCCUGCACCACCUCUCCAUCCCAGGACACCACUCCUGUAGGAACAUCUUUGCAGACAUGCUCUGCCCGCGGGGGGAGGUGCCCACGCUGCGGCAGCUGUGGGCCUGUGGCCGCCAGGUGGUGCUGUCCUACGAGGCCCCUGACCCAGUGAGCAGACACCCAGAGCUGUGGCCGGCCGUCCCCUACUGGUGGGGGGACAAGGUGAAGACCGGCGAACUCAUCCGAUACCUCGAGACCAUGAAGAGUGGAGGCCGCCCAGAUGGGCUGUUUGUGGCCGGCAUCAACCUGACUGAGAACCUGGGCUACGUGUUGGCGCACCCCUCCCAGUCCCUGGAGACCAUGACGCUGCCCGGCCUGCCCUGCCUGGGCGCCUGGGUCCGUGAGCAGUGCCCAGGGCCCAGUGCCCGCUGCACCAACAUCAUCGCGGGCGACUUCAUUGGCGCCGACAGCUUUGUCAGCGACGUCAUCAGGCUCAACGACAAGCUGCUGGCCUGCUGACGUGCAGGGCUGCUGACCCCGUCACCGGCCACGUGCCCGGCUCCCCGUCCCACAAAUGGGACCGCUGUCCUUGGGACCACAUGCCUGUGAGGAGGACAGGGGGCGCCUGCUGUGGGGUCUGCGUGGGCCCAGUUCAGCUCCCUCUGGCCUCCCUGGCAUGGCAGCCCCCCCAAAGGCCACUUGCCCCAAGGACCCCUUUCCCUCCCGGAUGGUUUCAUGUGUGAGUGGUCACAGCUGUAUCUCCAGUGCUUCUUGGGUUGCAGAACCAUGCGGUGGGGUGGGGUCCCCCGGGGUCCACAGGUGUGAUGCUUGGUCUACCCCGGCUACCUGUCUGGGGGGCUUGCAGGGCACCACAGAGCGUGUGGACGGCUCUGAGGGCCUGUGGACCCACAGGGUGUCCACGGGCACCAGGCUGCCUGGAAAGCUCUGAGGGCCUGGGAUCCUGCUGAGAAAACGUCCAAGUACAGACACUAGAACCCCGGGGCAAGGAUGCUCUCUGCCGUGCCCCCGAAGACUUGAUGCUUCUUCUCCAAUCUCACCAAGUGUUGACGUGACGUGACAUGGCCGCCCGGCGGGGUGGUAACAAAGGUGGAAAGGCCCGGCGGAGCAGGAACAGUGCUGGCGUCCAGUCCCCUCAUGGCUCUCUGGGGGCCCCUGGGGUGUGCAGCAGGUUUAACACGUGCAUACCAGACUCCUUCUGUGACUUCCAAAGUGGCUUUUCGUCCUCACAGCUGCCCCCUGCUCAUGUCUCACAUGGGGUGAGGACACGGAUGUGCAGGUAUAACACACGUGUAAUGUCUAGGCCCACGCUGUGGCAAACCAUUGAAGAUGCUCAUACUCGCGGGCUU